CUUGCUCCUGCAACGGCCAUGCGCGAAGAUGCCGCUUCAACAUGGAGCUCUACCGACUGUCCGGCCGCCGCAGUGGGGGCGUGUGCCUCAACUGCCGGCACAAUACUGCUGGUCGUCAUUGCCACUACUGCCGGGAGGGCUUCUAUCGUGAUCCAGGCCGUGUCCUGAGUGACCGUCGUGCUUGCAGAGCUUGUGACUGCCAUCCAGUUGGUGCUGCUGGCAAAACCUGUAACCAGACCACAGGCCAGUGUCCCUGUAAGGAUGGUGUUACUGGCCUCACCUGUAACCGCUGUGCCCCAGGUUUCCAGCAGAGCCGUUCUCCUGUGGCACCUUGCGUUAAGACUCCUGUCCCUGGACCCACCGAAGAAAGCAGUCCUGUGGAGCCACAGGACUGUGAGUCACAUUGCAGACCUGCGCGUGGCACUUACCGAAUCAGCCUGAAGAAGUUCUGCCGGAAGGACUAUGCGGUGCAGGUGGCAGUGGGUGCGCGCGGUGAGGCCCGCGGCUCGUGGACACGCUUUCCGGUAGCGGUGCUUGCUGUGUUCCGCAGCGGCGAGGAACGCGCUCGGCGCGGGAGCAGCGCGCUGUGGGUGCCAACCCUAGACGCGGCCUGCGGUUGCCCACGCCUCCUGCCCGGCCGGCGUUACUUGCUGCUGGGAGGUGGGCCGGGGGCUGCAGCUGGGAGCACAGCGGGCCGGGGACAGGGGCUCAGUGCUGCCCGUGGAAGCCUCGUGCUGCCUUGGAGAGACGCCUGGACCCGGCGCCUGCGGAGGCUGCAGAGGAGAGAGCGGCGGGGGCGCUGCGGGACCGCCUGAAUCUGCAAGCUGGGCGUGGACUGGGCGGGUUCAGCUCUCUUAUCACUGGGCGCGGCGCGUUCAUCUGAGCACUAGCGGGCUGGAAGUGUCACGUGCAUCGCCAUCUAAUUUCCCCCUACCCCCAUCCCCGCUUGAAACCUAUUUGGCGAUACCCUACCCCCAACUCAGAGGAGUAUGAUGGCCCCUAAGUGCUAUCUGGAGGCUCCUAGGGCAGCUCAGAGGGCCCUGAUCUUAUCUCCCUUGGCUGAUACCCGACGUCUCUUAAAGGUGUGAACCCGCCUAUUCCCAGGGGAUGCUAGGAUGAUCCCUCUGGGGUUUGAGCACAUCCCACGGGCCAAUGUGAUUCAUCAACUCUCGGAUGCUGUGGUACACUAGAGUUCUCCAACCUCUCCAAAACUACUGUUGCCACCAUAAUUGCCGGUACACCGCUGCAGGGGCUGUGGCUCAAUUGCACAGCCAAGACAGCGACGUCUCUGCCCUCCAGCCGGGAAUGUACAGAGUAUUGUAGGCUCCCCUGUCCAGUGUCAUGGAUCUUGUCCCCAUACCCAUUCUGGCCUGCCUCUGCCGGUCACGUGACCGUGUCCCCAUCCGCAGCUGCAUCUCUGCCUGUGUCCCAUAUCUUUCUUGUUCCGUUGUUCCCUUUUCUGAGGUCCAUCCAGCUGUCGCUUUCUACCACGACUCCUACCAGUCUUGGCCUCCUGGCUCCAUGACACAGGUCCUGCCCCUAGCUAGGAGCCCUACACUCUAUCCGCUCAAGACUGGACGUCGAGAAGGGGCAGAUCAGGUCCACGUGUGACCGGACCAGAGGCGACUUCCACGGGCAGCCAUGGGACUUCUAAUCGUCCGUGACUUUGCUUUACACCAGGCGCUUGGGUUCCCACCUCUUUAGGUGAGCCCACGCCCCUUAGCGCGGGAACCGCUGUUUAGCUAGCGCAUGCUCCCGACUUGGCCGCCGCCGGGCGCAAAUGCGCAUGCUCAGAGCCGGCAGCGCCGAGACGCGGGGCACUCGGGGUGGGCAGCCCGCAAGCGCGUGCUUGUGGGGCGGGGCCGCCUACGCGCGUGCGCAGAAAGUCCAGUGCGGUCCAGCGGAGAGCCGAAGGGAGAGGUGCGGUGCGGCGCGCCGAGUUGGAUUUUCUAGAUGCAAGAGAAAUCAGAGUGGUGUGAAUAUUUACCGCAAGUCACUGAAGUGGACCCCUGUGACAUUGUUGGACAGUUCUACCAUCCAGAUCAGAAAGCCUAGGACCUGCCUUGUGGGCACACUGGGCACCAUGGACCCCCCAGGGUACAAUUGCUUUGUGGAUAAGGACAAGAUGGAUGCAUCCAUCCAGGACCUGGGGCCAAAGGAGCUGAACUGCACGGAGCUACAGGAGCUGAAGCAGCUGGCACGGCAGGGUUACUGGGCUCAGAGCCACACCCUGCGCGGGAGAGUGUACCAGCGCCUGAUCCGGGACAUCCCCUGCCGCACAGUGACACCCGAUGCCAGCGUGUACAGUGACAUUGUGGGGAAGAUUGUGGGCAAGCACAGCAGCAGAGGUCUGCCCUUGCCUGAGUUUGUAGACAACACCCAGGUGCCCACCUACUGCCUGAACACACGGGGUGAAGGGGCUGUGCGCAAGAUCCUCCUGUGUAUUGCCAACCAGUUCCCUGACAUCUCCUUCUGCCCUGCCCUGCCUGCUGUGGUGGCCUUGCUACUGCACUACAGCAUCGAUGAAGCUGAGUGUUUCGAAAAAGCCUGCCGCAUCUUAUCCUGCAAUGACCCCACCAAGAAGCUCAUUGACCAGAGCUUCCUGGCCUUUGAGUCUUCCUGUAUGACAUUUGGGGACCUGGUGAACAAGUACUGCCAGGCAGCCCACAAACUGAUGGUGGCCGUGUCAGAGGACGUCCUGCAGGUCUACUCUGACUGGCAGCGAUGGCUCUUUGGGGAGCUGCCCCUCAAUUACUUUGCCCGUGUUUUUGAUGUCUUCCUUGUAGAAGGCUACAAAGUAUUGUACCGAGUUGCUCUGGCCAUCCUCAAGUUCUUCCACAAGGUGAGAGCAGGACAGCCCCUUGAGUCAGACAAUGUAAAGCAAGACAUCCGAAUGUUUGUCAAGGACAUUGCCAAGACAGUGUCCCCUGAGAAACUACUAGAGAAGGCCUUUGCCAUCCGCCUAUUUUCCCGAAAGGAGAUCCAGCUCUUGCAAAUGGCCAAUGAGAAAGCACUGAGGCAGAAGGGUAUAACUGUCAAACAGAAGAGUGUCUCACUUUCUAAAAGGCAGUUUGUGCACUUAGCUGUCCAUGCAGAGAACUUCCACUCAGAGAUUGUCAGCGUGAAGGAGAUGAGAGACAUUUGGUCCUGGAUCCCUGAGCGCUUUGCCCUCUGCCAACCCCUCCUGCUCUUCUCAUCACUGCAGCAUGGGUACAGCUUAAGCAGGUUCUAUUUCCAGUGUGAAGGACACGAGCCCACCCUCCUGCUCAUCAAGACCACUCAAAAGGAGGUCUGUGGGGCUUACCUGUCAACAGACUGGAGCGAGAGGACUAAAUUCGGAGGCAAGCUGGGCUUCUUUGGGACUGGAGAAUGCUUUGUUUUUAGGCUGCAGCCGGAAGUGCAGCGCUACGAGUGGGUGGUCAUCAAACACCCAGAGCUGACCAAGGCAACAUCCCUCAAGUCUUCAGAGGCAGCAGCCAGCCCUUCCCUCAUCAGCCACUGCUCUUCAGACCCUGCUGAUCGGCUCUCCCCUUUCCUGGCCGCCCGGCACUUCAACCUGCCCUCUAAGACUGAGUCCAUGUUCAUGGCUGGAGGCAACGACUGCCUCAUCAUUGGGGGAGGAGGUGGUCAAGCACUCUACGUUGAUGGGGACCUGAAUCGAGGGCGCACUGGACACUGUGACACAUUCAACAACCAGCCCCUCUGCUCUGAGAACUUCCUCAUCGCAGCUGUGGAGGCUUGGGGCUUCCAAGACCCUGACACCGAAUGACGGGCCCGCACUGAUGGUGACAGCCACAUUGUGGGGUGAUGGGACAGAGGCCCGGCUGCCUCUUCAGGGAGCAGGGAGUGAGUGAGACGUCACCCCCAGAAAGUGGAAAGGUUUGCUGUGCAGGGGGGCUGUUAGUCUCUCAUGCCAGGCCUGGCCCUGGCUUGGAUUUAGGUUAGGAUUCCUGAGCCCUCCUGCUUCUGAGCUCUUGAACCCUCAGCCCUGUCUAGCAUCUCUGUAAGAGACACCCUCUGCCCUCACCCAGGGCCCUGGCUCUGCCAGUUGUCCUGUACCCACAAUUGCCAAGGCUACAUUUCCAUGCCCCCGAGCCUCAGCCCCUUAUAAAGGGCAAAUGAAUCUUCUUGCCAAACGUGGGCCCAUGGUGCCCCCCUGCUGGUGCUUUGACCCUGCAGCUCCUCUGAGGUUCCCCUGGGGUACAUUUGCUGCUGCAGUGUAGGAUAGGAUUGGGAAGGGCAGGGUCUGUGAGUUCUACCGCUCCCCCUAGUCUAGAGAUGGAAUGGGGGCUGGAGAACUGUCUUUUGUCUUUGUGUUUCUGCAGAGCCUGAAGCUCUUGCUGCGCCUCACUGCGAGUCCAUACCUGAAGGUGGCCUCUGGAGAGACUUUCUUUGACCAACUUGACCAGUCAGCUCCAUUUCCAGAGUUCUUCUCAAAGCUGACUAGACUCAGUGAGGCCCUUGCCUCUCAUCCCUGUGGCCUCCUUGAAGUUCUGUAGUCUUGGUGACUCUUGUACUUCGUUCCUCUGUCACAGUGACUGAGGCCCACCAAGCAUGGCAUGCUUGUCCCCAUCCAGCUUUUUGCCUUCUCCCCAGACCCUGCGCUCCCCUGGACCUGUUCACACAGCAUCUGAUUCACCUGUGUGACCUGAUCCCUCAGCUCACACUGUGGCUGACCACGUACUGUAUCUUCUGUGUGCUACCCCUGCCCCUAUUAUGGCCUUCAGGUCUCUGGAUGUCUGUGCUUCCUGAGCCCUGUACCAGCCUGUACACAUAGGAUGCCAAGGGAGGUGCUGCCUCUGAGGACUAUAGCAAGCUCCUCUUCCCCGUGACCUCCCUCACACCCUGUAACCUCCCUCAGCUGGUCCUGAGGGUCUAGGCACCACAGAGGAAGAAAGAAGAAGCAGUGGCCCAAAUGGCUGUGCUGGGGCCAUGGAAGUCGGGAUCAUACGGACAGGCGCCUAGUUCCCACAUGACUGUCUGGCGUGCCUGAGAGUCAGCAUGUGUCAGGCCAGUGCUUGUCUCCACGCUGAGAUUCACUUUUGCUGGGGAAGGUUCAUCCUUCCCUGUUCCACCAAUCCACAUCAGCUCUCAGCACGGCCACAGUGGCAGAAGAGGCAGGGCAGAAAGGAGCCUCAUGUAGCUUGGGCUACCUGGUAAAUGCAUUUAGAACUUUGGACUCUGCACAGUGGACCAGUUCCCCCACCAUGCUGGCUUCCAGGAUGGGUUCGUGUGACUCUAUAGAGGGAAGAGGAACCACUGUUGCUCACCUCUACAGAAGGUUGUAAGCCUCAACGCCCACUUCCCCUGAGCCCACUGCCGAGGCCUAUACCUCCAACUCUGGUGUUCAUUUAAUACCAUCUUGAUUUUUGUUUCUGGCAAGAUCUUACUAGUUAGCCUAACUGGCUUGGAACUCCCUAUGUAGCCCAGGCUAGCCUGGAAAUUGCUAUGUAGCCUAGGUUAGACUCAAAAAUCAUGGUCUCCCUCAGCCUUCUCAUUGCUGGGCUUCUAGGUGUUAGGCCCAGCUGAGCACUUUGAGUUUGACUGCCUCCGUUCUGAGUUGGGCUCCUGCCAAAAGGCCCCCAGGACGUUCCCAGGCUGAGCUCUUGCUGCUCACCCAUGCAUUACCACUGAGACUCAGAAGCCUUCAGAAGCAAUGACGUUAAUUGGGAGUAUGUGCGGGGCUCUGCAGGGUUCCAGACUGGUGGUGGACCUUGUGUUCUGUGUGGCCCCCACUGGGAGUCCCAGGGGUGUAGCCCAAGGAGACUGAUGGAUGCUCAGUCAUGAUUGCAUCACAAGCAACGUUCUUAGCUUUUCUCCUACAACAUACCCAGUUCUUUAAAUUUAAUGUCCUUUUUUUUUCUGACUUGUCUACCAAAAGGUGUGUAUUGUUUUCUUUAUAUUUUUUAUUCUUAUCACUGUUCUUAUCUGAUACUAAGUGUUCUCACUUAGUAUUUAUUUUAUUAAUGUUUUUAUUAUUUAUUAGCUUUUGAUGUUAAAAAACAAGCCAAAAUGUGAUGACAUUGUAUAAGAAGUUAUAUUUUAGCAGCAUUCAAACAUUUGUUUUUAAAACAAAUACUUAAUCUAAUUUAAGCCCACUCAUUAAACUAACCAAGUUUGUUAAUAUACACCAUAUCCCCUUGGAGCCUCAGAAGCUCAGUUUAUGCUUUGCUUUGGUUUAGUUUGUACAAGAGUCAGUUUCAUGCAGCUCAGGCUAGCCUUGAACUAACUGUGUAGCUGAAGCUGCCCUUGGAUUCAUCUUCCUGCUUCCAUCCUCUACGUAUUUGCAUUACAGGUGUGUGUGUGCCACCAUGCCUGGUGAUAAU